AUGAGCCAGUUGAAACAUGAGUCUUACGCAGCUUGUAACACACCUAAAGAUUUGCUACAAGCGGUUCUGGGUAACAGUAAGGCCCGAGAGCCCAACAGACAGGGCGGAACAGCGUCAAACACUUGGAAUAUUCCCUAUACAUCUGACCUGCAGUACGUAGGAAAACAGGGCGAAGAAGAAGAAGAAGAAGAAAUUGUAUCGAAUGCGCUGGUCACGGCGGUUCUCUUCAGCACAGUUCUGCACAGAACAGUUUCCCUGCGAGCACCAGUUCGUGAAUAUGCCGGGCUGGUCAGCAAAGGCCAGGCUGUGCUGAUUGACCCAUACGAAGUAUCCAAAGAGAUUCUCCGCUCAUCGACUGAUUCCAGUAAGGAAGGUUCAGAAGUGACUACACCUGCAUCAGAAACUCCGGCAGAUGAAGAGCUGCCAACACCUGUUGCUCUGCUGAACAACCCUUCGACCUUCAGACCUAAGAUCUAUCGUGACAACUCCACAGAUGUUACCAAAUUGCAAAACAGGCUUUUGGAACUCCAAAACAGGGUUCCGUUUUGGAGGAAACGAUUAGGGAACUUAGGUCUAGGAAAUCACGGCCUGCAUUCUGGAAUAGCCCGAUUAGGCGCGGGAGGUGUUUCACUGCCUAGUCUGAAGAGGCUCUCAGGCUCGGGCGCGUCACGUAGGAGAACGGCCUCUGGAAUACUACCGAGCGGAAUCACAAAGAAGAAUGUGAUUCAUUUCUUGAGGAACAACAGAAAUUUAACCACCACAACAACAAUGCAGCCCACAAUAGAUUUUCUGUCUCAGUGGCACAACUCCUUCAGCAGAGGCAAACCUGAAGAAAGUGUUCGGGCGCAGACAAAGAAAACCCCAAUCGAUGAGCGCAUUGCUAGUGAAAAUCCAUAUCCGCAGCAGAUGACAACACAGUCGACUGCAGACCUUGCAAAUGAUCAGUUUUAUAAUAACCUGAAAACUAAAGCAAAUGGAAAUAAGAGAACAAAGCCUUUGCUGACUUCACCUACAGGUCUUACAUCUGUGCACGACAUGACAAGUACACACUUUGCCAAUGGAAGCAGCACAUCUCACAACAAAAAACCUGCAGUUCAAACAGAAUCACAAAACAGAAGGGGCACACGACCUGCAGUGAGAACCACAACAAUGUCUCCAAACCGGCAGAAAAGUUCCUUGCCGGCUUCUUUAUCUAAGGAAUUAGAUAAAAGUGUAUUACAUGAUACGGAAAUUCUUGAAUCAAUCAAAUCGAUUGUCAAAAGUGCUUCGGGGAACACCAACGAUUUUUCGGCACAAAAUUUCCAAGGUAAUACAUCCCCAAAACCUUCAGACAUUUUCAGUGGAGUUAAACCAUUGUAUGGCUUCAGACCAAGUUAUCAGGAACCAUCAAACACAAAUCAGUCAUCAGUGCCAGAACCUACACAGCAAUCAUCAGUUUUUUCACUGACAGGGAGCUCUAAUACCAGAACAAACACAAGAAAGCCCAGUAGACCAAGCAUAGAAUCACAAGUUGUUAAUGCAGGUCCAACUAUAAUAGUGUCACCACCACCUCUUGGCCAUAACUUGGCACUACAGAUUGGUCAUUCAUUACCUGUAUUAACUGAAGAGCCUGUAGAUACAGAUUACCAGAAAAUACGGACUCUGGAAGAUGAAACUGAUAUUGUCAUAGGACGUCCUGCUGCCUUAAUUAAGCCACCACCAGUUACUGUACCAACUACCAUCAUCCCACCUACACUAAGAAAUGAAGAGGGGUCACCAAUAUACAUUAGUAAUGAUAAUGACCAUAAGUAUCCCAUCACUUAUCAACCAAAUAUAGGAUCUCCACUGCCACCAUGGUAUACUCAAGAGAUUGGUCCCCUCUUGGAUGCAAUAUCAAAAAAGUACAAUCCUUACAAGCUCCAGUCAGCUCAUAAUUCCGCUCCAAACUUGAAAGCUUUAGUUGAAAGUGGUAAAUUACCAGAAUUUUUCAAAAAUGAACAUUUGAUGGAUUACAUUAAGAAAGACCAGCUGAGGUUUCAACCAUUAAAUUCCGUUGACAGGUUAGGAAAACCAAUACCAGGUAACAAUGGUGAUCUUGAGGCUGAUGAAAAGGAAGCUGGGAUUACGGGUCAGUUUGUGGCACUAUCUGGUUUGGCUUUGCUCAUGGCAUUUGGAGGAUAUUUCCUGUUUUCGUCAUCUGAAUCUGUUAGUGAGUCACGAGGAGCACCAGACCCUCUACUCCUUGCCGUUAAUCAAGCAAGACACGGUUUAAAACUUUUACAGCAAGGUCUUGAUGAGUACGAGACUAAACUGAUUGAAAACAAAGAUCGUUUGAAUGAUGGGAUGCCAUCACAUAUGGUUUUUGAAACAGAUCAGACACUUCAAGAUGUCUCAGUGGAUCUAGGAAAGGUUUGGAAAAACAUCCAAGAAAUUCCUAACAAAUUACUUUUCAGUGAGGAAUCUCCAUUUUCCAAUGCAGUAAAGAUGAUCAAGAAGCAGAUUGGUGAUCCUGAAGGCUUAAUCAAUUCUAUAAAGAAUUCUUUGAUGGACAGUUUAGGCAAGACUCAUCAGUCAUCAAGGGAACCUCAUAGUCUCCACGAACCGAAUUCCAGUAUAGCUAUGAAUAACCAGUUGGAUCCUCUGAACAGUUUCUCUCCACUGGAACUGCUUAGUUCAUCAGUCUCGCCGCAGAAUCUAGUACUUGAUCUGAUUUCAAAAUUAACAGUGUCCUCCUACUCAAACAGAGGAGGCGAUGGUGAAAUGCGAUCAUUUGGAAAGCAAUGGCAAUUACUCUCAUCGCUUUUCUUCCCAGCAUCAGCUAAGAAUGUGUCUGCUAAUGAAGAAUCUGAGUCAGUGCCUACUGAUAAAGUUGGAGCCAAACAUAAAAAAGAAGAGGAUAAUCUAGAUAUAAAUGAUCAUGUUCUACAUCAUGGUCGAAGUGAAUCUGACAAGCAAAGAAAAGAGACAAUUAAUGAUACUAAUAAGAAGCCCACACUAACUUAUGACAUGAAGGGACACAACAAGCAUGUUAACUCAGAGGACGACAAAGAGGAAUAUAAAAAAGACGAAGCUGAGAGCGAAACUCGGGAAAGAAGUAAAGAAUCAUCUCAUGAUUACAUUUCAAGGUUAGAUAUUAAUGCGAGUCACAAAAUCGACCAAGACUCAAGCCCAAGAAACAACACAGGUGAAGAAAAUGCUACAGAACAAAAUGAAAGCAAUGAUGAAAACUAUGACCUAGAAGAUGAUGUGCAGACAGAAAACCCUGAAGUGUCCACUCAAUUUGGUGAAGAGAAUGAAUAUGAUGAAAAUUCAGACUCAAAUGAUGUAAAUGAUACUCUACUUGGUGAGGAGUUUCCCAGAGUUGAUGGCUUAAGAAAAGGAAUUGAUGAUGAUUCUAGCCAAAAUCUAGAAACAGGAAGCGAUAACAAAAGUUACACAGAUAGGACAUUUCAAGAAAACCUAAAAAAUGUUGAUGUCCUGGCGUCACAUGAAAUUAACAUGGUAAGUGAUGAUUUGCAUACUCCAGAUGAAGAAAACAGUGGAAAUUAUGAAAAUACAUUAAUACCUCAGCCUUCAACUGAGAAUUAUGGUGACUUGGAACCAAAAGAUGACUUAAAGUUAGAUGAAUCCAUUGAGGUAGUUAAUAUUGAUUCAAGUGCAAAAGAUGAGUUUAUCACACAAAAGAGAGAAGACUUUAUACCAAUUGAUGCCACUAACAAUGAUGAGCUGAACUUUGAUGACAAACUGACUGACAGAAACAAAGGAGACUUGAGACCAACUGAUGAUGUUGAUGAAGUUCAGCUGAACUUUGAGGACCAACCUAAUAAUGGAGGUGAAGAUGGCUUAAGACCCACUGAUAACUCAAGCGAAGUCGAGGUAAACUUUGACAACAAAAUUCCGUCAACCAAAGAAACUGAAAAUGCCUCUAGGUUAAGUGAUAACCUGAGCAACGAAAUGAACCUUAAGGGCCAGUCAUCGAAUGGCAAGGACAAUGACCUGAGUUUCACUGCUGCGACAGACAUAGCUGUCCUGAACUUAAAUGAUAGUCCAAGUGCAAGAGAUCAGAGUGACACGAAAAUCAGUGAUUAUGAUAAUAAUCAUGAGAUGGACUUGAAAGAAGAUACAAUGCAGGCAACUGAAGAGGCCUUUGAGCAGAGUAACUUGACCAAGGGUGAGCUGAAAUUAAAAGACAUGUCAAAAAAGGCAGAAGAAAUGAACUUGAACCCCAGCAAUGAUUCUGAAAACAAUGAUGAGACCCUUCAGAGCAAAUCAACUAAUACAGCUCAAGAUGAAAUGCCAAACAAUAUGACAUCAGAGAACAAUUACAUGGUAAUUUCAAAAGAUGGCAACUCAAAUAUCAGUGACAAUGCCAAGUCCGAGCAGGAUGACUCACCAGACUCAGAAGUAAAAAUGAGCGAGGUAAGUGGCAUCUCGAGAAAAGAAAUUGGCAGUGGUCCAAACUCAAACUAUGGAGGCAGCACUGGCAGUGAAGGUGAAUCUACCCCAAGUGAGACCAAGAAUUCUCCACUUGAAGAAAAGACAAAUUUGAAAGCAGAUAAAACCUUGAAAAGCAAUGUAGGAACUAAAGAGUUCUCAGCCCUCAAAAAAGUAAUAUCAAAAGAAACAGAACUACUCUCACGCCUAAUAGCAGAACCCCAGAAACAAAAUGGCGAUGACUCAAGACUUCAGAGUUCACUCGAAAAAGGAAAUAUUACAGAUUAUGAAAAUGCAGGCAUCUUAAGAAACCUGACAGGUGAACAAAAUGAAGGGAGAAAGUUUAUUGAACAAAAAGAAGAGACAACUGAUGGCAGUGGCGAAACAGAACCUAAAAACAAAGAAAAUGGAUACGAACAAGAAAGUGAUAUCACGAAGUCUGACAGUGAGCCCCUGGUGUUGUUGAAGGAGAAAAAAGUGACAGAUAAGGACCAUGAAAAGACUAAGACUAAACUGGACGGUGAUAUGUCACAUGAUCAAGAAGAACCAAUAGAAAACGAUGAAAUGAGUAAAGAAAAUGCAGACGACAUCUCGAGCGAGUCUGAGGACGAGCUUAACCACAAGGAAGAUGGAGGCGACUUCUCAUCAGAGAGCAAUGAAAAAGACGAAGAAGAGGAGGAGGAGGAGGAGGAGGACAUAGAGUACGAAGAAGUCAUGGACGAAGCUUACUCUCAACUGAAAGAGCAAUUACCCAGAGGUUAUUACUACCCUGGUAACAGACAAACGAGUCUACUGCAAGACAUGGUUGCCCGAUACCUAGCUCACGAAUCCUUGCCCGAUAACAAUAUUUCUGUGUAAAUUCAACGUAGGAAAUGGAACAAGGUUUGGAGGACAUUAGAAUUUUUACCGAAACUCACUAGAAUCAAAUAUUCAAAAUGUGUAAUUUUAGAACCACGCUCUUAAGCAUUUGCCAUCAGAAAGUGGUGUAAGGUAAUGACGAACAAACUAACUAGUCUGUAUAGGGAAUGCAAGAUGAGAAGUCUGAAAAAUGAGGGCCAAUUAUUAGUUAUAAUUACUGAAAAUAACUGAGGAAUAUAAUAAUUAAACAAGUAAAAAAUGCGUCGAAGUUUCUUCGGCGCAAUUGAGUUUACUGUAUCUCGGACAAUCAAAGCCACCGAAAACAGAUCUAUCUUUUGGUGGUCUCGGUAUAAUUCUGUAUGAGCCGCAGUCCAUGUAACUUUAACCACCGCCCGGUAGUGGCCUGGCCUAUAUUGUUGCCAGACGCACGAUCAUGGCUAACUUUUAAACGUAAAUACAAUAAAAACUACUGGGGCUAGAGGGCUGCAAUUUGGUAUGUUUGAUGAUUGGAGGGUGGAUGAUCUACGUACAAAUUUGCAGCCCUCUAACUUCAGUAGGUUUUAAGAUCUGAGGAUGGAUAGAAAAAGUGCAGACGGGCUGACAAAGCUGGCACAAUAGCCCAUUGAAAAGAAAAUCACAAAUAUUAAGGAAUGAAAAUUAUACGACGUACUGGAAAUGAGAGAGGAAUGAUUUUAGAGGAACCGUAAAUUUUCUAAUGUCUUCCCAACACAGAUAUUUCCAAGCAUAAUUUAAAUUAAAAGCACCGCUGUCGAUGGUACUACAGUACAAGGG